AUGCGAUUCCGGCCAUGCAUUGACAUUCACGCCGGUGAAGUGAAACAAAUUGUGGGAUCUACGCUUACAGAUAACGAGAAUGUAGAACCAAUCACCAACUUUGUAGCAUCACAAAGUGCCGGCGAGUUUGCACGCAUGUACAAGACAGACGGUCUAAAAGGUGGUCACGUCAUCAUGUUGGGUGCAUCGAAAGUCAAUACAAUCGCAGCUUUGGAUGCUAUAACUAAUUAUCCUGGAGGACUUCAAGUGGGUGGUGGCAUCAAUGCUGAUAAUUGCCAGUUCUUUAUCGAGAAGGGUGCAAGCCACGUAAUCGUUACGUCGUACGUUUUUCGAGACGGUCAGAUCGAUUUUGAAAGGCUUGAGAAGCUCGUAAAGUUGAUUGGCAAGAAACGUUUGGUUCUCGAUUUAAGUUGUCGCAAAAAGAAAGAUGACAACAAAUUUUACGUGAUGACGGAUCGCUGGCAAAAGUUCACCACAACUUCAAUCGAUGAAGCUCUUUUUCUUCGUCUUGCGGAAUAUUGCGAUGAAUUUUUGGUUCACGCAGUGGACGUCGAGGGCAAGCAAUGCGGUAUACAGCAUGAGCUGGUUGGGUUACUGGCAAAGUGGAGCCCUCUUCCCGUUACAUACGCUGGUGGAGCCAGCUCAAUUGAUGAUUUGAACUUAGUUGAACGCAUCGGUAAUGGCAAGGUUGAUCUCUCCAUUGGCAGUGCACUUGAUAUUUUUGGCGGCAAUAUUUCUUAUGAUGACGUCGUUGCGUGGGACAAGAAGCGCGCAAAAGAUAUCGUGUAA